AUGUCCAAGACCAUUGUGAUCCUCGGAGCCGGCCUAACAGGCUUACCCCUAGCUCACUACAUCCUAAAGCACUACGCCGACAAGUUCGAUCUGAAAGUGAUCCUGCUCUCACGUUCCAAUGAGUUCUACUGGAACAUCGCGGCCCCUCGAGCCGUCAUUCCUAAUCAGCUCGACGAUGAGAAAGUUCUCUGUUCGAUCCCCGAGGCUUUUGCCAAUUACCCACCCCGUCGAUUCGAAUUUAUCGUGGGUACGGCUGAAGGGUGGGAGCCGGAUAAGAAAUCUGUUACCGUUGUGCUGGAUGAUGGAAACCGUCGAGAUGUUCGGUAUGACACUAUCAUCGUGGCUACUGGGAGCGACUACAACGACAACAUGCCCUGGAAGCUCGUCGGAAACCAACAAGAGACCCGUGCCGCUCUCGCCAAAAUGCGUACAGACAUAGCGAAAGCCAAAUCGAUCGUUGUCGCCGGCGGAGGGCCCACUGGCGUUGAGCUCGCAGGCGAGUUAGGCUACGAGUACGCCACCACUGGCAAGAAGAAAGUGACAUUGGUCAUGACCGAGAACCAGCCUCUAGACUGCCGAUUGAUGACUUCAACCCGCCUCGCGACAAGAGAAGAGCUCGAGAGACUGAACUCCAGCAUAGACGAAAAGGGUGGAUACGCUCUAGAGCUCACACAUAAUGACGGUACUAAAGAGGCACUCCACACUGAUCUAUUCCUCCCAACAUGGGGCAUCCGCUACAACACCUCCUUCGCCCCUCCCUCCCUCCUCGAACCUAACGGACGUCUAAAAGUCACAAACACCCUGCGUUCCCCCAACUACGAUAACGUCUUCCUCGUCGGCGACGCAGCCAAUCUCGACUCCUACGCCGCUCGGGUUGUUCCGGAAUAUUUAGCAGAAGACAAAGUCACGAUGACGGUUGCGGUGGGGAGGGAAAGGGGCGUGGGACAGUUGGGGAAUUUGGGGCUGUGGAGUUUGUUGAUUUGGUGGUUUAAAAGCAGGCAUAUGUGUACUAAUAUUGUGCCUGAUUAUGUUAAGGGAAAGACUUUGAUUUUGGGGGCGUUUUAG